AUGAAUGAUAUCAAAGAGAACUCUGGUUUCAAAAGUUACAUAGGCGAAUCAGAACUUGAAUCUAUUACCUUAGAUGAUGCACAACGAACAAAAUUUUUGGAUGGAGAAACUAUCGUCCACGAAGAAUCUAAAGUAUUACUAUAUACUCCUUUAAGUGACAGACAAAAGUAUAUUACAGGCGUUUUAACAGUCACUACAUUCAAACUUUCUUUUGCCAGUGCUGAAGAACCAGAACCUUCCAAUUGUUACCAACAGAAUUUUUUAUUAGGUGUAAAUGAUAUAUGCCUGUCUUCCAUUGACGUUAUUUAUCAAAUUGGAGAUAGGUCUAAGAAGAAAUUGUUACCUGGACAGAAUGUUUCAGGCAAAAUCAAAGAUAUACUUAUCAUUUGUAAAAAUAUGAAGAGCCUAGAGUUUAGUUUUAAGAAUAGUAGCAGAGAUAGCGGGAAGAAAAUAGUCAAUGCUUUACUGCAUCAUGCGUAUCCAAAAAGACAUUCUUUAUUGUUUGCUUAUGAUUAUAAGGAACCAUAUGUAAAUAAUACGUUAAGUAAAGAAGCCCGAUUUUUUCACAAGAAGGCUGAUUGGGAAAAAGAACUGAAAAGAACAAAGUGUCAAAACUGGAGGAUAUCUCAAGUUAACUACAACUAUCAGAUAUCUCCAUUGCUAAUAGAAACUAUAAUUAUUCCACAAAGUGUGACUGAUAAUAUCAUUAAGGAAGCGGUGGAGAAGUUUAGGAACAGAUUUUGUCCCAUAUGGGUAUGGGGUACCCAAAAAGGGGCCGCUCUGGUCAGGAUGGCCGACCUCCUGCCUGCCAUCACUGACCGCACCGACGAAAACAAAUUGCUCGAGCACAUACGGAAAAGCCAUCCCGAUAAGAAACCGCCGCAUAUAAUAGAUCUCUCUACGCCCGCACCCAAAGAUAUUCAAACUAGUUAUAUGAAACUCAGAGACCUUUGCACGCCUGACAACACGAGGUUGUUCAAAAAUCAGGAUUUUAAGUUCUACGGGAUGUUGGAUAGUACGAAAUGGCUUUUGUAUGUGUCCGUUUGUUUGUCUAAAGCCGUAGAGGCAGCUGAGCACCUGAGUGUACAAGAAUCUACUGUUGUUUUACAAGAAGGUAACGGACAAGACUUAAAUUGCGUCGUCUCCAGCUUGGCUCAACUGAUCCUCGACCCGUACUUCCGUACGAAAUUCGGCUUCCAAUCUCUCAUCCAGAAGGAGUGGAUCGCUCUCGGCCAUCCAUUCGCUAACAGACUUGGCCAUAUUUUGUGCAAAGAAAUCGAACCAUCUCCCAUAUUCCUGUUGUUUCUCGAUUGCGUGUGGCAGCUAUUGCAGCAGUAUCCAAAGGCUUUUCAGAUCAGCGAGACCUACUUGACCACCAUGUGGGAUUCUGCACACAUUUCCAUUUUCGAUACCUUUCUCUUCAACAGCCAUCACGACAGGUUCAUGGCCGAAAAUGGGUCCUUAAUUCUACGUAGCGUAUGGGAUUGGCGAGAACAGUUCGUGGACAAAGACAUAGGGCUCUUUUGCAACCCCCUUUACGAUGACAGCUUCCGAGAACCUCUUACUCCUCAUACAGGUUUGUCAGGACUUGAGAUCUGGUUGCAGUGUUAUUUCAGAUGGUUACCCGAUUUGGAGAUCCGCAACGGAGGCAGGCCUCAAGUGGAUCUGUUUAGUCGAUAUCUAGUCUCCGAAAUACUUCAGACCCAGCAAGGUCCGACCGACCUCAAUGGCAGAUAUAACAGAAACAAAGAACAGUACAUCGAGUUGAUACAUAAAGUCAACAGCUUCUUCCCGUUCAGCCAUAAUUCCGGAUUGGUGUCUUCGGAUGCCACCAAUAACGUUCUAUUAACUGGUGACACUUUGGAUUCUCAGUCCAUACUUAAUUUUAACGAUUAA